AUGCUGUUGCUGCUAACACUUCUCUGGGGGAAUGAGGGGACAGAGGGGCAGAGACAGUUUGGAGAUGGCGGCACGCUGAAAGUGCAGAGGUCAGUGACGGUGCAGGAGGGCCUGUGUGUCUCUGGGCCCUGCUCCUUCUCCUACCCCUGGAACAGCUGGGCUGACUCUGCCCCAGUUCAUGGCUACUGGUUCCAGAAUGGGGUCAAUACACACCCAGACUUGCCAGUGGCCACAAACAACCAAUAUCGAGAAGUGCAGGAGGGGACCAAGGGCCGAUUUCACCUCCUGGGAGACCCCCAGAACAGCAACUGCUCCUUGAGCAUCAGAGAGGCCAGGAGGACGGACCAGGGGACAUACUUCUUUCGGGUGGAGAAAGGAAAGAUAAAAAUAAGUUACCUAUAUCCCAAGCUCUCUCUGCAUGUGACAGCCCUGAUGUACGUGCCCAGCAUCCUCAAACCGGGGAUCUUGGAGUCCGGCCACCCCAGGAACCUGACUUGCUCUGUACCCUGGGCCUGUGAGCAGGGAACGCCCCCUAUGAUCUCCUGGACAGGGGCCUCGGUAUCAACACUGCCCACUACCAGUGCUCGCUCCUCAGUGCUUACCCUCAUCCCAAAGCCCCAGGACCAUAGCAUCAUCCUCAUCUGUCAAGUGACCUUGCCUGGGGUCGGUGUGACCACAUCGAAGACCAUCCAUCUCAACGUGUCCUAUGCCCCUCAGAACUUGACUAUGACUGUCUUCCAAGAAAAAGGCACAGCAGCCAUAGCCCUGAAGAAUGGCUCAUCUCUCUCAGUUCUGGAGGACCAGUCUCUGUGCCUGGUCUGUGCCGUCAACAGCAACCCUCUAGCCAGGCUGAGCUGGACAUGGGGGAGCCUGACCCUGAGCCCCUCACAGCCCUCGAACCCUGGGGUGCUGGAUCUGCCUCAAGUUCACCUCAGGGAUGAAGGAGCAUUCACCUGCCGAGCUCAGAAUCAUCUGGGAUCCCAGCAUGUCUCCCUGAGCAUCUCCCUGCAGAGAGGAGCAUGGUCAGGAGUGAUGCUAGGGACAUUCUGGGGUGCUGGAGCCACCACCUUAGUCUUCCUGUCCUUCUGCAUCAUCUUUGUUGCAAUGAGGUCCUGCAGGAGGAAGUCAUCAAGGCCAGCAGCUGGUGAGGGCUAUGCAGGCAUGGAGGAUGCAGAUGCUGUCAGGGGCUCAGCCUCUCAGGGGCCCCUGACUGAAUCCCAGGCAGAUAGCAGCCCCCCAGACCAGUUACCUCCAGCUGUGGCCGUCUCCUUCUCCAGAAAGGACCAAGAGGUUCAGUGUGCAUCCCUCAGGUUCCAUACGAUGAAGCCUCAGGUCCCACAGGGCCAGAAGGCCACCGGCAGCGAGUACUCAGAGACCUCAAACAUCAAGACCUGCAAGUGA